AUGGGGCAGGGAAAUGGAAAAAAUAAGCUUAUUAUUCAAGGUACCAAUGAAUUUUUAAUAGAUAAAAAAAAAAAAUUUUGUUCAUUAAAUAUUAGGAGUUCUGUAAAUAUAAAGAAUAUAUAUAAUGGUCCUAAUAACAUAAUAAUUAUCUAUGAAAAUGAUGAUUUUGAGAUAGUUGGAUUAAAUAAUUAUGGACAAUUAGGCUUAGGAGAUAAAAUAAAUAGAAAUAAAUUAACAAUUAAUUCUAUUUUAUCAAAACAAAAAAUUAGAAAAAUAUCAUGUGGAUAUGAGCAUAUAAUUGCUUUGAUGUGUAAUCACAACAUUUUUGUUUGGGGAAAUAAUCAUUAUGGUCAAUUGGGUAUAGGAGAAAAUACUGUAGAAAUUUAUACUCCUUUGUUAAUAUAUUUUAAUGAAAAAGUUAUUGAUAUUGCUUGUGGAAAAAAUCAUUCUCUUUUUUUAACUGAAUCAGAAUGUGAAAGUUGUAAUUAUAGCAAUAUUUCUGAAGUAAAAAAAGCUGAUAUCCCAUAUAAUUUUAUUAAAAAAAAAAAAAAUGAUAGACAAAAUUGCUUAAGUAAAUCAGAAAUAAAUAUUAAUGAUGAAGUUAAUAGCAAAUUAAAUGAUGAAUUCAUUGAAAAUUAUAGUAGUGAAUCUGAAGAAAUACAAAAUAUCAAGAAGGAAAACAAAGAAGAAGAAGAGGAAGAAGAGGAAGAAGAAGAGGAAGAAGAGGAAGAAGAAGAGGAAGAAGAGGAAGAAGAAGAGGAAGAAGAAGAAGAAGAAGAAGAGGAAGAAGAAGAAGAAGAAAAAGAAAAAGAAAAAGAAAAAGAAGAGGAUGAAGAUGAGAAUAAGACUGAUGAAGAGAACAAUAAGGAAGAAGAGUAUGAUAAUAAUAUCUAUGUUGAAAAAGAAGAAAAAGAAAAAAAGAAAUAUAAACAUGGAAACAAUGAUGAAAUAAAUAAUAAAAAAUACUGCAAAACAGAUAAUUUAAAUGAUACAAUUAAAAUAUUAAAAGAAAAUGAAAAAAAAAAUAGGAACGGGAAAAUAUUAAAUUUUAAUAUUUAUUCUUGCGGUUCAGGUAUAAAUGGAAAAUUAGGUUUUAAAAGUGAAGAAAAUAUAUAUUUUCCCAAAAAAAUAAUAAUGAAAAAAAAAUUAAAAAUAAGUAGCAUAUAUUCAAGUUACGAUCAUAAUGCCUUAUUAACAAAAACAGGAAAAUUAUAUACAUGGGGAUAUAACAAAAAUGGAGAAUUAGGUAUAAAUAAUAACAAAUCUAGUCAUAAAUUAAAAAAAAUAAAUUUAAAAAAUGAUAUAAUUGUAAAGGUAUGUCUAAGUAAAUUAUAUUCUGCAUGUUUAACAAAGAAUAAUAAUUUUUACAUAUGGGGAAAUAACAUUCUCAAAAUGAAAAAAAUAAACUUUUUGAAUUUUCAGAUUAGUGACUUCUGUUGUAAUGAAGAUAAUAUUAUAAUUUUAACAAAAGACCAGAAAUUAUUUUUAUUAGAUUCCUUUAAAAAAAUACAAAACUUGAAUAAAUUAAUACAAACAAAAUUGUUAAACGAUGCAAAGAAUGCUAAUAACAUUCAAUAUAAUUUUAUAGGAAAUGGAUAUAAUUACUUAUAUGCUCACAUUAGUAUAAAUAAAGAUAUUAAUAAUAAGAAUAUUUUAGAAAAAAAAUAUUAUGAAAACUCUACUCUUUGUGAAACAAAAACAAAUAUUAAAAUAGAAAAAGAAAAUAUAUCUCUGCUAGAUAACAGUGAAUUAGAAAGUUAUAACAUGAAUAAAAAAAAAAAAAAUAUAGAGAUUGAUGAAUUUUCAGUAAUACCCAAUAAUAAAGAUAUUUUAAAUGAGAUAAAAAAAAAUGUAAACAUUAAUAAUGUUAAUAAAGAGAAAAAAGAAAAUAUCAAAGAUGGAGUUUAUAAGAAAAUGGAAAUAAAAGAAAUGGAUAGAAAUUUAUGGAAAAUUAUGAAUAAAUGUGAAGAAAAAAAGCAAACGAAUUCAAUAAAGGAAAAUAAGGAGCAAGAAGAAGAAAGAAAAGAAAAAGAAAUAACAAAGGAAGAAAGAAUAACAGAAGAAAUAGAAGAAGAAGGAAAUACUAAUUUAUGUAUGCCUAAAGUGAAUUCUAACAAUGACAAAAAUUAUAUAAAUACAAUUGAUAAUUUUAAAAAGGACAAAAAUAAAUUAAAAACAGAAUGUGCAAAUUUUAGUGAUUUAAGUGAAAAUAUAAAAUUUCAUUCUUUUUCUAAUGAUAUAUUACAUAUAGAAAAAAGGGAAGAAAAAGAAAAAAAUAAUAAAAAUAUUAAAUCCUUUAACGAAAAACAAAUAGAAAAUGUUGCCAUACAAAAUGAUGUUGAGAAAAAAAUGAAAAAUAAAAUAGAUAUAGAAUAUCUUAUUAAUAAUAUAGAUAAUAUCAAUUUGGAUAUUAUAAACAUAGAAGAUGUUUACAUAGAUAAUAAUUUCUUACUAAACAGAACAUCUGACAUUAUUAAAAGAAAUGUAAAUCAUAUAGACUACCUAUCAACAAAUAAUGAAAAAAUAGAAAAAUGCAAUAAUUUAACUAAGAAGGAAAACUCAUUUUGUUUUAAUUUAGAAGAUAAAUAUGUUAAUUUAAAUAUUAUUUUAUUAAAAGAAUUAAAAAAGCAAAAAAAAAUUAAUGUUUUUUAUAAUCACUUACUAAAUAAACUUUUAAAUGAAUCAAUUUACUUAAAAGAAGAAAAAAAAAAUUUAAAAAAAAAAAUUUCCCUUUUAUUAAAAAUUAAAAAUUCAAAACAAAAUACAGACUUAAAUGAAAAAAAAAAAAAAAAAAAUGUCAAUUCUUGUUUAAAAAAAAAACACACAUUUCCUUUAUCCUUGAUUCCCAAUGAUUAUCAAAGUAAAGAAAAAAGUGAUAAACAUAUAAGUAGUUCUAGUAAUAUUAGUACAUUUUCAUUAAAUAAAAAUAAUAAAUUAAUAAAUAGAAAAAAGAAAAAUAUUUAUAAUCAAUCAAAUGAUUUGCUGGUUUUAGACGAUUUAACAUCUGACUUAUUCAAUAAAAAAAACGAAGAACAAAAUAAAAUAAAUAACAUACCAAUUUUUUUUUUAAAUAAUUAA